CUUCGAGCCCCCACAACUUGUAGUGUGAGUGUGCUAUGGCACCUGGUGGGCUGGUGGUAUCGUAACUCAUCGCCAAACAAUUUUCAAGGCUACAAUUUGAUCGGUUACGAGCAAACUACUUGGGCCAGUAAUUCUAUAUCCCCAAAAAUUCAAAUAACGAAUCUAUCAAGAUUUUUUUGGCCCAUUUUGAUUCGAGCGUCCGUUGUGCCCACGCCAAGUACCGAAUUUGAACCAUGGGGUGCAAGGAAAUACAUCCCCGGAACCAGGGUUACGGGAAGUUACUGGUCAGUACUGUUGCCAGUCUUACAUAUUUUUAUCGGUAGCGUUCGAGAACCACAAAAGCUUCAAACUCUAUUUUUGCUGCGUGUGCAAAGUGGGAGUAAGAGAAAUUAG